CCUGUGUGCUGCUGGGACAGCUCCCCAGAAAGCGUUGUGGUUUUUUUGCAGGGAUGUCCCGGGAACUGAGCAGAGAAGUGGCAGGCUGCUGCGUAAUUGCGCACCGUUCUUCUCCCCUGCAUGCCCCAACAGCCCUGGCUUGUCACCGAGCCAGGGAGACUAAAGGUUUUGUUCUCUCUGAACACUGGAGCUUUGUCCCGGCGGUGGAGCAGCAGCAGCAGCACCGCCUGCCCUUGGCACACACAAACACACCCCCACGAUUACGAAAGAGGUGGAGUUUAUCCUCUACUGUCAGCGUGCCAGCCACAGGAGGCGGCCAGGAAAAGGGCAUUUCCAGGAGUAGCGUCUUUGCCAUCUUGGAGGAAAGGAGCUUUCUCCAGAGCAGGAGAAAGAGGCUGGGCGUUUGCAGCAGGUCUGCAGCUGAUUUAUCGGCUCCCCAAGGGGCAAGCAGAGCUACUACCUUGGAGAGAUCCUUUCCACCUCCUGCCUGGUCCUAAGAAGUGAAGGGGGGCAGUGGGAAACUCUGCCAGGCCUAGGGAGAGAAACCUCGCUCCCUGCUCCAUCCCUCUUGCUGGGGGUUUUGUGGAAGAGAAUCACACACACACACACACACACACACACACACACCCAGGACAACUUCUGCUCUCUGCCUAGAGUGUGAUUUGGACCAUGGGCAAUGGCAUGAACAAGAUUCUCCCUGGGCUCUUCCUCGGCAACUUCAUAGAUGCCAAAGACUUUGACCAGCUGAGCAGGCACAAUAUCACCCACAUCGUCUCCAUCCAUGAAUCCGCACAGCCAUAUAUUCCGGGAAUCAUCUACCUCCGCAUUGCUCUGCCAGACACACCAGAGGCCAACAUCAAGAAGCACUUCAAGAAAUGCAUCCAUUUCAUCCAUUCCUGUCGCCUGCAUGGAGGGAACUGCCUCGUUCACUGCCUCGCAGGGAUCUCCCGCAGCACCACCAUCGUCCUCGCGUACGUCAUGGCCGUGACACAGAUGAACUGGCACGACGCCCUGGAGGCCGUCAAGGCAGCCCGGCCGGUCGCCAAUCCCAACCCAGGUUUCCGUCAGCAGCUGGAGGAGUACGGGGGCAGCCGGUCUGUGAAGAAGAUCCACCGGAGACUUGAGCGCAAGUAUGGAGCAUCGCCUUUUAGUGACGAAGAGGACAUCAGAACCCUGCUCCCACCUGGGAAAAGGCACCUGGUCCCCAGGAGAGAGGGGGCUCCGCAGACCCUGGUGCCAAAGGAGAGAGGAGCCAAGCACACGGACCCCUUUCUGCUGCGGAUGAAGCAGACAUUCUCCUGCCUCCCUGGGUGUUUGAAAUGACCCCUCUUCCAGGCAUUUUUUGGGGGGAAAGCACAGAAGCUUAGCACAUCGGACUGGUUGGAGUCGAAACCUGGCAAGGGCUGUUCCAUUCUCCUGGCACCACGAAAUGCGCUCGGCUGAGAAACCGGCAGCACCCACGAGUAGCCACCCACCUCAGUCCCUUCCACUCGCUGAAACCAAGGAAACUGUUAGGAGAGCAGGCCACAAGGGACUUCUUGCAGGUUCAGAUGGUAAAAAAUGCCAGGCGCAUUUUCAGUGUCCGGCUGAGGAGUAAGAGCCAGGGCUUCCCAGAAACAGAUGAUUCUUUGGGGAUAUUUUUUUUUCAUUGCACAGGGUUCAAGUAGAUGACCCUUUAGGAUCUCUUCCAACCCUACAUUUCUAUGAUUCUAUUAUCCCGAGGAAGAACAAUUCAGGGACUUCAGCCGUUCCAGAAAUCACAACCAAGUGGUUGCCUUUUUCUUUAUUUUUUAGCCAAAAUGGAGGUGGUUCUUGCACAACAAAUGCUCCCUCGCCCAGAUGGCGCGCCAGGUCUCUCAGUUGCGAGUGUAGGUGGGUGCGAUCGAGAGAAGCGAAAAUAGCAGGAUGGAGUGGAACAAAGCAGUUGUUCGUAGAUGAGCAGAGACGCCAACAGUUGGACCGAAGGAAGGGUUUUGGCCGGCGCGGUUUGUCCCGUUGCUCCCAGACGACGACGAGAGAAGCUGCGCUUUGCCAAAAUUCUCUUCUGCACAACUACUAUUGCAGCAGGGGCAGAAAGGGGCUUUGAAAGCACUUCCUUUACCGAAUGAACGUUGCACCCAGUGGCCUCUUUCCCGACAGCGCAGGAAGCUGGCUGCCAGCGAUAAACAGAGGUGGGUGGGUUUUCUCUCCCCCCUCCCCGCCUUUUGACCUAAGCCUGCCCUCUGCUGCGCUCUUAGACCAAACAGCUUUCCAGACUGAGGAGGAGAGUCAGAGCCUGGCGCAAUCCCCCAGGCCAGAGAGCUGAUGCGCUCUGAUUAUUUCCUGCCCUCCAGCUGAGGGAAUGUAAGCUUUCAAAAGGCUUCUUAGCGAAGGUCCUUCCGUUUGGCAGAAUGCAAAAAGGCAGGCGUCGUAUCAUCACCACCAUCAUCAUCACCGUCCCCAGCGGGACAGAAAUGAUGAAUUUGCCAGCGACUCAGCAGUCCAAAUUGCGCUCCCCAUGGGAGCGAUCGUAAAGGAUACGCCGCACUAAUGAUCAGGGUAAAAAAUGAUGCUGUUCACGGCUUGCAAUGCAGACACACACACACACACACACACACACACACACACACACACCCCAACCCCACCAGCCUGCUAAGCCCCAUUCUCUCAGGCUGCUAAAUCCCUUCCUGUGCACUGGGGGCUUUGGGGACCCCCCAAAGCAGAUCUGGCUGGGCAGGGGGGCUGCAAGGGGGUGAAGAGGAAGGAGAAGUCACAUCAGCAUGCAGGCAGAAGUUUGCUUGCUCGACAUCAGAUAUCUGUGGCCACAACAUCAAGACAGUUUUUUUCAGUGCUCACCCAGACCUCCUCCUUUUUAACAUUGCAACUUAGGAAAAGUUCUGGGAAACUUGAAGGCUUGCUUCCUAUUGUGACACUUUGCUGGGUCCUAAUAAAGGCGAGGCCCAGUUGUGGAUGUGGGAAUUUUUCUUAAGGGCUGGCAAACUUCCUUUAAUUUUUGUUUAGCGGAGAGACUGAUAUUGUACACACACGGAUGAGUAUGGGUAGAGUUAGGGAACAGUUUCUUCUGGCAUUUGUUAUCCCAGGGAUAACCAAACAGUUAUACCUUUUUAAAAAUAAUAAUAAUAAAUUAAAUAAAACAUACAUAAGUAUUUAAAAACAAUGUUCUGUGUUUAUUUAUUUGACGUGGAGGGGAACGACAUUGUGUUAUAUGUGUGCAUGUAUGCAAACAGAGACCUCACCCUAAAAACCCUCAUGUUCUCUUUGCAUGUGUGCACACAAGCGCAUUAUUAUUAUUAUUAAAAUUGAUAUAUUGCCCUUCAUUCAAAGGGCAGUUUACAACAUAAAAACACAAA